GUACUUUUAACUCUUAUCAAAUUGCCUUUACCAAUGAAGCAUAUUCGUAGUAGACAAUGAUGAAGUGCCUCAAAGUUGAGGAUGCGCUAUCUUACUUAGACCAGGUAAAGGCUAGGUUUUCUGGUCAAGGGGCUAUCUAUAUGGACUUUCUUGAUGUUAUGCGUGAUUUCAAGGCACAGACAAUUGGGACAGAGGUUGUUAUUCGCCGAGUGCGUGAACUGUUCGAGGGUCAUCCCGAUCUCAUUACUGGGUUUAAUACAUUCAUACCUCAGGGUUAUCGAAUGGAUACACCCACAUCUCAUCAAUCUUUUAAUACCAAACCUACUUGUACUGUUAUCCCUUCAAGAACAACAUUAUCUAUAUCUUCGACUGACAAUGUUACUCCAGUAAAAGGGGUUUGUGCUUCACUUAAAAUUACUGAGGCGUCUAAUGAAUGGACUCCAGGCUUAGUUAGUAGCCAUUAUGAACCUGCCAGUCGCCCAAACUCCCAUGUCCCGGUUGUAUCGAGCAGCCUACCUUUAACUAGUGCUUCACCUCCUGUCCAUGUUUUAACUCCCAACAUUCAGCCUGAUAAUCCCAAUUUUAACUCAUCGAGCCAGCAACAGUUAUUAUCGACAGAUUACCAAGAAAACCUUCCCAAUGUUAUACUUAGAAGCUCCCACAAUGCUUCGAAUUUAACUCAGUCUCCUCAUGUAUAUCAACAGCAUCAACAAAUUCAGUCGUUCCAUCAUGCUCUCCAGUAUGUAAAUAAGAUAAAAAAUCGCUUCCAGGGUAUACCUGAUGUCUACAAACGCUUCUUGGAUAUCUUACAAUGGUAUCAAAAAGAACAACGACAUUCCGACCCUAUGUGCCGCAAACAGGCAGAAUUACAGGUUUACCAGGACGUUGCUAAGCUUUUUGGUGGUCAAGAAGAUCUACUUCAAGAAUUCAGUCAGUUCCUGCCUGAAUCAUUUGGUGUCACGAGUGCUGUUACCGAAACAAUGAUAAACAGGAAGAAUUCCAAUUUUUCACAGCUUGGGGGAUCAGAUGUGUUGGACUCAUCUGUUCCAGUGCCUCAGUUGAUAAAUCGUGUUUCAGAAGGUAUCAACUUGGCACUAUCUUCCUGUAAACAGCGUCCAUGUCAGGAGGGAAGUCCUGCAAACUCUGAUGCCAAAAAGUUAAAACGAAUCGCCCCUGCUCAGAGCAUAUUCCCAAACGUUAUUCCUUCUCUCAAUCCACCUAAAAAGUCACGUUCAUCUGUUCGAGAUGUAAGUGUUGUUGAUGCAAACCAACUGACUACAGGGAUUGGCAUUUCACUGUUACAGAAGAUCCGAGAUGCUUUAGAUGCAGACAGCUCAGUCGGGAAUCGUUCCUAUCAAACCUUCCUACAAAAUGUUUGUCUGUUUAAUCGUCGAAUAAUUUCAGCCGAUGAAUUAUUGGAAGCAACUCACCCCCUGUUUUUAAGACAUGUAGAAGUUUGGAAGCGCUUCAGUGAUUUUGUCAUGUCAUCACGCAAUUCAUCUCAGGAAGGGCUUGGACAGUUUCAGUCUCAUACUCAUGGUUUUGGUCGAGAUAAGCACGAUCGUGAUAAAUACAGUACCUACAGUCUUCCGUGCGACGCUCAUACUUGUUCUGAUGUCUUAUCAAACAACAUGAACAAUCAGCUACCCUCUUCACUAGUAUCAAUUGUCAGUGAGGUAUCCCAAAAAAGACUGGAUCUCGAUUUUACUAAACUUCGAACGUGUGGUGUAAGCUAUCGAGCGCUACCAUCGAAUUUUCCACAGAGCAAGUGUUCGGGUCGUCAAAAAUGUCCUGUUGCAAAGGAGGUUUUGAAUGACUCGUAUAUUAGUUUCUCUUCGCUUACUUCUGAAGAUUCUCAGUUCGUAUCAUCCAAAAAGAACCAGUAUGAAGAAAAUAUGUAUCGUGUAGAAGACGAACGUUAUGAAGUAGAUAUGGUCACUGAACUCAAUCGAGCCGCAAUGCAAAAUCUUGUUGUUGUGAAAAGACGCAUGGACAGAAUGAGUAAAGAGGAACUCAACCAAUUCCAUCUGGAUGACAAAUUAGGUGGGACAUCCGCGAUUUUAAUGAGGAAAGCUAUACACAGAGUUUAUGGUGAUAAGGCAGGAGAUGUAAUAUAUGGCUUGAAAAAUUGUCCCAAUACUGUUCUCCCGUUAGUCAUACAACGUAUGCGUCAAAAAGAUACAGAGUGGCGAGAAACUAUUCGUAACUAUCAACGUUCGUGGGCAGAUCAGGAUGCUCGCAAUUAUUUACGUUCUUUAGACCACCAAGGGGCGACAUUCAAGCAACGAGAUGCCCCAUUCAUUCGUAGUAAGACUAUGAUUAGUCAGAUUGAAACAAUUGCGCGUAAUGAUAAGGUUCCAUUGUGUCACUCCACCUCAGAUCCUGUUGGGAAAAUGAUUUCUACUCUGAUCACUCAACGAAACCUUAUUUCUCGAGAUAUCAAUAAUCCAGGAACUAUGGGAUCUGCGUUAGCAAAUGUUUUGGAAGGUAAUAAUGAAGAUGAAUCAGCUCAUCUUACUCUGGUGUAUCCACCACCAGAUGUUAGGAAUACACUACUAGAAGAUGCUGCCUCUUUGAUCAUCCAUCAUGUUAAAAGGCAGUCUAAUGCAAGCAAAAGUGAUAAACGCUCCAUGAAAUGUUUGGUUCGAACUGUAUUACAAGAUAUUUUUAUGGCAAAUCGUUUCCCAAUGUCCGAUGAUGAGGAUGAUGAGGAUGAAGAGGAAGAUGUGAACCAAAAAGAUGAAGAUGAGCCGACAGCAGAUGAUUUUAUUGAAAGUGAAGAAAAUUGUCGCAGUCGAUCUGUUCGUCAACCUAAAUCAGCUAGGCGAUUUCUCGAAUCUCGAAAAUCAGUCACUACUGAACAAACAAUAUUUCCUGCUACUGAUCAUACUGAAUGUGAUCAGUUACGAAAAGAUGAUAUAAAAAUGCCGACGGAGUUGUUGGGUAUUCAAACUAGCGAUUCAUCUUCGAAAUUAAAAUCAGAUGAUUUAAAUUUUCCUGAAUCAUCUAUACAGAGUAAACCUAUGCCUUGUCACAUGAAUCACGACAAUUCUGCCAAUGAACUUCGUAAUAUGGAGCUUGGUUACAUAGCUAGUUUACCUAAACAUGAGUGUUAUUCUGUACUGUAUGGAAACAACCAUUGGUAUUCUUUUCUGAGAUUGCAUCAUCUCCUUUUGUGUCGAUUGCAUCACUUGCGAUCUUAUUGCGCUGUAGCUGCUCAACAGGUUACAUCAGAACGGAAUGAAUAUCACGUGCAGGCUGCAGAAGUGCUUCGACUUCGUCGAUAUGGUGGUACUGAACCGUCACAAUAUUAUUCUCGCGCUCUCAAUCUAGUCAAAGAUUUGUUAGAUGGAGGAGAAGACAUAAAUACAUUCGAGGAUCGAUUGCGAGAUAUGUUUAGCAUUUAUGCAUACCCAUGGUUUACAAUGGAUCGUCUUAUAAUAAAUAUAGUUCGUCAGUUGCAAGCACUUGCAAGCGGGGACGAACUAAGUCGUCGGUUAACUGCUUUACAUCGUUCUUGGAUCGGAAGCUCAUCAUACAGUGAUCGAAACUCUCGAUCAACUAGUGUUGCUUCAAAUUUUCCUCAGUAUUCGGACGUCUGUGGCCCUUUGUACAAUCGCAUGUGUAGGUUAGCCAAUGAAAGCACAUACCAUUCUCAAGCUAUGGCUGUUUGUUCUGAAUUCGCUGGUGCUAAUGGCUCUUACAACGUUGGGUCCAGUUCUGGGACUACAUUUCAAUCUAGUACUAGUCAGAAUAAUGUGAAUAUUACUUCUAACAGUAAUACUACUUCCUGGCCAAAUUGUUUUCUAAUUGUGGUACUCUCGGAGGCAUCUACUAUGCUCAUCCGCCUUGUGAAACCUGCUCAUUCAACUAAAUGUGAAGGGGAGAAAAGUCGUGAUUCAUGUUCCCCAUAUCCUGGUCACAGAAACAUUAUUCCGUAUUCUUUAUCAGUACCUUCGGUUGCUUCUGGCAUCGUUGAUCGGGAGAUUCAUCUUCACAGAGAAAAUUUGAAACCGAAUCUUUCAAUCCGACAUUGGUAUGACUAUCUUACAACUCAUCUCUCAUGGACUAUUGGCUAUGUUCCACAUAGUAUGUGUUCUCGAAUUCGGCCAGUAUUUCUGUAUAGAAAUGUUCGUAGGUGCGUAAAUGCUUUAACGCGUGACGCACUUCAAAGAAGACAGCAAUUACUUGUCGACACUGGAGAUGUGCAACCUGAAGAGAUCUUAUCACAAGGUUUAGUCAGCAGCGAUGUUAAGAAUCUAAUUACCGAAAACAAAUCUGAAACAGAUGAACAGUCUCCUAACUCAUCGAAUUUCGAGCGAGAUGUUUGGGAGUUCAUGAUUCGAGUAUUCAAAAACAAUCUCACACAUAAAGAGUUAUUCCGUGAUACAUUUUCAAGUGAUUGUAUGCAUUCGACUGAGCGUUUGGAUUCGAGAGUUACUCGUAAUCACAAAAUUAACUGGUCUGUUGGUUCUUAUGGCAUUUUCAUUCGGUAUCGUAGACGGACUUGCCGAAACUAUUCACCGACCAAGUGGCGUAAAUUCCACUCUGAUUGGUUGGCAAAGCAUUCGAAUUGUGUUCAUUCGCAAAAUGAAGACAACACACAAAAUAUUAAGCCUGAAAUAAAUCUCGAGAUUGAGGAAGUACAAAGUUCUGCUACUAGCAGCGCAUUGGAAACCAUUGUUAUAGAAAGGCCUGCUCACGAAAAAUUGAAUCUUGAAAUAAAUAAAAGCCCUUUUUCGGGCGAGGUACAGAACAUUGUAUCGACUGCCAAACAUUCAAGUCCACAAUUUGACGAUCCGAAUAUUUUACAACCUCAUUAGACCAGAUAAUUCAAUAAACAUUUGUUUUUUACGUUGUAAAUAUGUUUUGUAACUUGGCUAAUUAACCAAGCAACUAUCAUCAGUUUAACUUACACAUGUACAUACAAGCAUUAUUAUCUCCUACAGUGAGAGAAAUUCUGUGUGUCUUUUGCUUCUUUACUAUGAUUAUUACUGCUAAAAUAACUUGCGAUUUAAAAUUCAUCCUUCACUUUGAAAUGGCUUUGUAUUCUUGUAUCAUUUGUUAUCUCAAUGAUAUUCUCUCUAUGUAAACUUGUGCCACUUAUUAUACAUAUAUAAUGUAAAA